AUGCUCCAAUCAGACGCAGAUGACCCGACAGCUGUCCUGGUGACACUUGCAGUAUCGUGUGUUGCGUAUCUUCGCAACUUUUUUGAUCAAGCGCAUUUCGAUGACAGUAAGGUGUUUGACGGAACAGAUUCCCUUAACGUGAAGAUUCUCAAAAGGGGCAUCUCCCUCAGAGCAGAUGUACUCAACGACUGGAUGGACAACGUAAUUGCAGCAAUAGUCUCCAGACAAGUCACCGCUUUCUGUUUUUAUGUCAAACCCCACCCAGCCCAUAAUUCAUUUAUCGAGUCCUACUUCUUCGAGAUCGACUACACAAACAGCUCCCACCAGGACUAUAACUCUCAAUUGUAUCGUAUACUGAAAAGGCUGAUUGUCUUUGCCCAGAAUUUGAACGACUUGCCUCUGGAACGCUACCUAUCUCUCAGUCUUGUCUCCCGCGACCAAACGUUCGCUUCUCCCUUAUUCCAGGCCUCCUACAGUCCAUGUUUGACAGGAAUUGACGAGUCGUUCGAGAUGGAGAACUGCGGCACGUUCAAGACCCACAAGCACGUCAUCGUCCUCAGAAUGUUAGCAGGCAGCACAAAAGACGGGUGUUUCCCCAUGGAUCCACUGGCCUACAUGGAUAUAGAGCCUUCGCAAACGGCGUUCGAGCUGAGAAACGCAGCGACCUCGCGAUAUGGCGACACGCAGGACGACGUUGUCGGGGUCUCUUUCCAGACGCAAAGCUCGUCAACGUUGCAAAACCCCUCCUCGUCGCUGGACACCACCUGCUGCUCUGCAGAAGAAAGACAGAUACAACACCUAAACCACCAGCUGGGAGAGCUGCAGCGCAACCUGCUGUAUAUGAGCAAGCUUUGCGACAAGACGGCGACGCAGUUUCGCUCGAUUAAGAACUUCAGCGAGCUGCAGGCGUCUGUGUUUAUGAGUUCCCACGCGGUGUUCCAGGUUUACAGCGAGAAAAAAGAGGCCAGAAGACAGGAGCUGCUUAAGGAAAUGCAGGAGGGCGCGAAUGAGGACGCAAUGGACGAGGAAAGCGAGAAAUAAGCGUAUUCUUUGGGAAACCGUACUGCGAAAUUUAUUAUUUUUUUAAGGUAUGGUCGCAGUUGCUAUCGAAUAUUUCGGGCCCGCAAAAACACAUACAAACGGCGUGGCGCACGAGACAGUACAGUUGGCAGAGCCGGCAACGCUCAACACGCUAAUCCAGCACGUCGGUCGCUCGUACUCGCCCGAAUUCGCUCAAUAUAUCGUUUUCUGCUGUGGAGUCGUGGUCAACGAGGACUACGUGGAGACCGAGCGCAAAUGCACCGAAUCCUUCGGUAAAAACAUUGCUCUCCAAUCAGGAGACGUGGUAGGCAUCAUUCCGCCAGUUUCAAGUGGAUAACGAAACUAUUUGCCACUAUAUACAGCGUUCCGUCUAUUCCUUCAGUUCGCCCGACUCGACGAUUUUUAUCUCGGCAGUGGUGCGACCGCUCUGCGAGCCGAACGACUCAAUCUUCUUCACAGUGGAGUCGUAGCCCUCAACGACCUCGCCAAACACAACGUGGGCGCCGUCCAGCCAUGGACAAGGCACAGUGGUGAUGAAAAACUGCGAUCCAUUGGUGUCAGGACCGGCAUUGGCCAUGGAGAGAAGACCCGGUUUGGAGUGCUUUUUCUGGAAGUUCUCGUCUGGAAAUUUGCCUCCGUAGAUGGACUUGCCCCCAUAUCCGUUGAAGUGGGUGAUAUCGCCACCUUGCAGCAUGAAAUUCGGAAUCACUCUGUGGAAAAUGGAGUCCUUGUAUCCAAAGCCCUUCUCGCCGGUGCACAGAGCUCUGAAGUUCUCGGCAGUCUUUGGAACAACCUUGUCGUAGAGGUCGAACACCACACGAGGCUGUUUUUCGCCAUUGAUCGCGAUGUCAAAGUAGCACUUGACUAGGCUGGCACGGGAAGUGGAAAAAGCUCUUUUGUACAUGUUGGUAUACUAGGUAAUUUUUGG